AUUGUGCCUUGUCAUUGCUCCAAAAUAUAUAAUUUCUCGGCCAUCUUCAUGGCCUUCAUUGCUGCUGUUCUUGCCGUCGCCGGCCUUGCUGCCGGUACGACAAUCACCACUACAGAGCCGGCUUUGGCAGCGAUUGAAGCAGCCCAGCAAACAACAGUGCCCCUAGCCUGGACAUCGAAUGUCACAGGAAAGGCUUUUGACCGCUUCUACCAAGUAUGGUUGGAGAAUGUGGAUUACAACGACGCCGCCGGAAAUGCUGAUCAGCAGUGGCUGGCCAGUCAGGGUAUCACCUUGUCAAAUUAUUAUGCUGUUGGCCACACCUCCCAGCCCAAUUACUGCGCUGCUGCUAGUGGAGACAAUUAUGGCAUGGACAAUGAUUUAUUCCACGAUAUUCCGACGAAUGUCUCGACUGUGGCGGAUCUAUUGAAUACAAAGGGCAUUUCAUGGGGUGAAUACCAGGAGGAUAUGCCAUAUCCUGGCUUCCAGGGGUAUAACUACUCCAAUCAAAAGACUUAUGCAGAUGAUUACGUGCGCAAGCAUAACCCUCUAGUCAUCUUCGACAAGAUCUCCAGCAAUGAUACCGCCUUACGUCUGAUCAAGAACUUCACCUCAUUUGAAACUGAACUGCAAAACAAGCAACUUCCUCAGUGGGCCUUCAUCACACCCAACAUGACUAAUGAUGCCCACGACACCAAUGUCACAUACGGCUCGGCUUGGCUGCGCGGAUUCGUGUCUGGGCUGAUGAAUAACACCUACUUCUGGGAUAACACUCUCAUGCUGCUGAGCUUCGACGAGUCGGAGGUCUAUAAUGUGCCCGAGACAGAGAUCUACGAUGUGCGCAACCGCGUUUUUAGUAUCUUACUAGGCGGUGCCGUCCCUCAACACCUUGUCGGCACGACGGACGAUACUGUCUACACUCACUACUCUACACUCUCUACAGUGGAAGCUAACUGGGGCUUGCCCUCGCUGGGGCGAUGGGACUGUGGUGCCAACUUGUUUCAAUUCGUCGCGGACAAAGUUGGCUAUACCAACUGGGUCAUCGACGACACAAACCUGUACAUCAACGAGUCACUACCCGGUCCGCUCAUGAGAUGGGGGUUGACAGCUUAUCGCUCCAGCUGGCCCGUACCCUCCACCAGUGACUCCUGCGCAGCGGGUAACGGUAUUCUGCAGUCUGUUAUUGACAUGUACAAGGGACGUGCUCCGACGUACAACUACACUGCUCCCUUUCCUUAUGAUGCUCUUUACGGCAUGGAUGUCGGUAUCCCUUACUCCCGCAAUGGCACGACCUAUAUCUCUGGUGUCAACACUACAGGGGUUAUUGGUCAUGACACGUUCUCGAGUACCCCUGGUGUCAGUGCCAAUCUUCCUGCGUCUACGACUACUGGUACAGCCGCUGCAUCUACGAGCACUGGUGCUGCCUCUACACUGGCUAUCUCGGCUGCCGGAUCUUUGACUGCUGUGUUUGUGGUUGUGCUUGGACUUCUGUAG